UGUUCGUGGUAUGAAAUGUUCCCGACUAGACAGGUUAUGAAACCUUCCUGAAGCUCUUGAAAUCUUAACACACUGUAAAGGCAAGUUUAUUUAAAUAUCAGAGUUUUGCUACACAAACACAAGCGUGAAAGACAAUCGGAAUACUUAUUGAUGACAUCGACUCCUCCAUCCCCUCACAACCGGAGCAGGAGUGAGGAUGAGGAUGAUCCAGUGGACGGGAUGAUCUCCAGGACAGGCUGUGCUGAGCUGCACUACGCUCUUCAGGACUGUAUGGCUGAUCAUCAGGACUGGAGGAAGUGUCAGACUCAGGUUCAGAAGUUUAAGGAGUGCAUGACCACCUACCAGAACACUCGCAAAGAGCAGCUCCUGAAGCAGAGGACUUCCGCCACACAAUCUGCCUGACGCACAGGCCUCUGAGACAGUGCUGCACAAUAAUAAAACAUCCACCUCGCUUUCCUGAAAAAAGACGUAGUGUGAAGAUUGUCUUUCAAGAGUGCAUUGAAACUUUUCAUGAUUCAUGAAAGGUGUGAUUGUGCAGUACAUUUUAAUGUAUGUUUAUAUACUACUUUAAAAAAAAAAACAUGGUUACUACACUUUUACUAUAAUAAAACCAUGGUUAAUUUUCGUAA